CUCGAGGACGCCGAAGCAUGCAGAUCUUGCGUGCGCUUGGGCUCUUGCUAACGGCAGUGGCGGCCAUCGACCCGAUUGUCAUCAAGGGCCAGCGCAUGUUCAAGUACUCGACGGGCAAAGCGUUCCAGGUCAAGGGCGUCGACUACUACCCGCGGCCCAACGCCGGUAUCCUCGACAUCAACAACCACGACUUCUUCACGGACGAGAACGAAGCGAUUUGGACGCCGCACCUCAAAGAGUUUGCCGAGCUCGGCGUGAACGCGAUCCGCUUCUACGCCGUCGAUCCGUCCCAGAGCCACGACAAGAUCAUGUGCGCGCUCCAAGCCAUUGGCGUCUACGUGCUCGUGGACCUUGCGGCGAGCUGCGAGGGCUGUGCGAUCACAAAGGAUGCGUACCCGACAUGCUACCCCGCUUCACUCAAGACGCGCGGCCAGCAGAUCAUCGUCGCCUUCUCGAAAUACAACAACGUCAUUGGUUUUAGCGCGGGCAACGAGGUCAACCACAUCGUACCCAGCGCCAAGACGAACGCGCCGUGCCAGAAGAAGUUCAUUCGGGACAUGCGCGCAUUUAUCCGCUCGUGCAACAGCAAGAUGCGCCCGAUUCCUGUCGGUGUCGUCCUCGCCGAUUCGGAGCGCAGCGCCAACGCGCUCUACUACAACUGCCGCACGGACACCACGGACUCGCUCGAGAAUGCCGAGUGGUAUGGCCUCAACGCGUACGUGCAGUGCGACCCGGCCGCGACCAGCACCGUCGUGGGUCCCGGGUACCAAAUGCUUCUGGACGACUUUACGUCAUACAAGAUGUCGGUGCCCGUCAUGCUCACCGAGUUUGGCUGCCUCAAUGUCGGCUUCCCGAAAAUCGACAGCUACGCGGCGCAGCGCACGUGGGUGGACGCGGCGUGGCUGCUCUCGUCGACCUUCAACAGCAUCUUCACUGGCGGCUUUGCGUUUGAAUUUUCAACCGAGAAUGCCAACUCCAAGGCCGACGCCCCGUACCCGUUCACGUCGUUUGGUGGCCAAAACUAUGGGCUCGGGUACUUCUCGCCCGAGACGUGCGACCACCGCGCGACGCCGUGCGUCUUUAACCACAUGCCCAACUACAACCUUCUCGCGACCGCGUACAAUGCGUCAAACGAGGUGGCGACGAUGCCAUCGUCGACCGAGUACACGGGGUACCGCACGACACCGCCGACGUGUCCGUCGAGCUUUGCGACCCUCGCGAGCGUCACGUGGGCCGCCGACGCGGUCACCGACAUGCUCUGCCCAGACUUGACGCAAACGCCGCUGUGCCCUGGCGACACGAUGAUCAACGGCAACGGCGACGUGAUUGCACCGAAAUCGGGCAUGACGCCUGCGCCGUCAGGUGGCAACACGCCGUCGGGCGGCCAAACGCCGUCGUCAGCGACACCGAGCCCACCGGGUGUCACGACAUCAACGCCGGGGGGCCGAGCGACGCAAGGCAACAACGCGGGUGGUCUCUCGAUCGUGAUGCCACUCGCGCUGGCGGUCGCGACCCUCUUCGCGUAAUGCAUGCCAUGCCAAUAUCAUACAUAUGAAUUCUUC